CUGGCAACACGAGCUGCGUGCAACAACGCAACAGCUCAGCGUUGAGAGCCGCCGCUUUUCUCCACACUUCUCCGGGUUCCACGUCAAAGAACCAGUCAACAGUAUGAGUGGGUCUGUUUGUGUUCGUGUGGGGGUCGUCGGCAGCUAGCUGGGGGGGGGGGCGGGUUAGUCAGCUGGCGAGUCUGACGAUCCGACUCAACGUUAGCUGACUUUGAGUUUGUAGCUAACUGAGUUUAGCUAACGCGAAGACGCAGCAUGGGCGACGGCAGCAUCGCUCCCCGGUUCGGCAACGCGAGAGCGUUCCUCGGAAUAGUUGCCGGAGCUGGAGCCUCCUACGGGUUAUACAAACUCCUCAGCGGCGGAGGCUUCAAGAGGAACAAGAAAAGCGCUGCCAAUGAGAGUCCCGGGGUCAGGAGGAGCGAGUCCAGCGAAGCGCCCCUUCCGCCGGGCAGCCUGCUGGCCAGGGUGUCUGGACUGGACGUCGUCGCUCCCCGACCUGUGGAUGCUGCAUCGGGGGAAAUCACCCAGCAGUCCUCUGGUAACCUGGAUCCUCAGCACUUGAAGAUGCUGCUGUCGUGUCUGAAGACCAGCAGUAAUCCAUCCGAGCGAUGCCGGAUGCUGCUGACAUUGGGGAAUUCUGCUGCCUUCACUGUGAAUCAGAAUCUUAUACGGGACUUUGAAGGGAUUCAUAUCAUAGCUGGUUUCCUCUCUGAUCCCCUGGCAGAGGUUAGAGUGCAGACUCUGAAUGUAUUGAAUAAUCUAUGUAUGAACAUCCAAAACCAGGAACAAAUAAAGGUUUAUGUCCCACAAGUGCUGGAGCUGAUUGAGAUGUCAUCAGUGAAUUCGGACCUUCAGCUUGCUGCUCUCAGGCUGCUGACGAACCUUUCCGUCACAGAUAAACACCAACACUUGCUGAAGAAAUCCAUUACCCUUUUACUCUCUCUGCUUGUUGUGAGCAAAGAAGCAUUACAGAUUCAGGCUUCGAAAGUCCUUGUUAAUUUGUCGUCCAAUCCAGAUAUGAUGGAUGACAUUGUUCAAGCUCAGACACCUGCCUCGGUCGUGCUGCUGUUUGAUUCACGGACAGCCACCGCGGUGCUUCUGCGACUGCUGACGUUUGCCGGGAACCUAAAGGCCUGGAGGGCCUCGGCGCAGGUGGCCGAUGAACUGCGGCGGACUCAGGAUUGCCUCUUCCGGGUCAUGUUAGAUGAGUCCUCCCAGCUACACAGCCGACUGGUCCAGCUGCUUUCACACCCUGAUGUUGAGAUUCAGUCCCAGGUGGCCCGCAUCUUGACAUAGACGUCUCUCUCUGCACUCUCCAUCCACACGCAGCUUUUGUCUCGACCGAUUUUGCCAAAGCCAUUGCCCGUCUAGUUCUAUUAUAUAUCUGUUGACUGUAAUCUUCUAAUAUUCAAUGCAGCAUAGCCGCCUGCGGAUGGAUACUCAACUUACACACAUUCUCUUUGCAUCUAAAGUAUUCCCCAGAUAAGUGUUAAUACCACAGAUAUGUGAUCUAUUCCACUUUUCCCUUGUAUUUUACUUUCUUUCACUACAUUUAAUCAAUGCGCGAUGAGUUGAAAAAACCCUUUGCAACCAAUGAAUUUCCUCCUUAUUGCCGGAGACACUGUGGAUCUUUCCUUUCAAAGAUCCACAGUGCCCUUUCUUCUGAGAAGUGAACCUGCUUUCUCUGAAGUCCUGCUCCAGGUGAAAUUUUCUGAAUCUAAACCCACUGCCAAACAUUUUCUAGAGAUAAUGUCAGAAAGACCCGUGCAGCACAAACUAACUUUGUACCCUUCUUUACUACAGGGAGACACUUAAAUGAAAAGUCCACGAGGUUUCUCGCCAUGGAGACACUGUCACAUGGCUGGACUACAACUCCUGUCCUCUCAUUUAUCAGCACGUUGGUUUUAAGGAUGAUGGUCUUCAAGAUGUUAUCUUCAUUGGUGAAUUGAAUGUAAGCAUCAGUGCAUCUUGACUUUGGAAGAGACAGAAUUAGGUCAUCAUACAGGACUGUUGCGCUCAUGUUCUUUGACGAUAUGAGAAGUUUAGUGCGAGGAUGCAGCGUUACUGACGUCAGUCCGAUACUGACCCAAAUAGUUGGAUCAGGUAUUUGAAACCAUUAUAUUUAAUAACAAUUAAAUUCAUAUUUAUGUAUUUGUUGCAUUCUCUUUGACCAUGUUAAGAAGAUAUGUUUAAGUGAAGCCUGAUUUUCCUUCACAUAAAAUGAUGACCUCCGUCUCUUCCACACUGUAAGGUAUACGGCUUAUUAAUUAAACACAGGUAUUGAACUUUGGAUCCGCCGAUGCCCAGGUGUCGAUAUUGGUACUGAAGAAGUCAUAUCGCUGCAUCCCUACAUAAGUGCAUCUAUAGGAAGAACUUGGAGUUUAAACACUGUCUCCCUUGCGUUAAGAGCAGCUUGCACAAGUGGUUGGGACACUUGAUAUAAGCUAAGCAGACUUUGAAUAAAACCCCAGGUUUGAUCCAGGAUGCGCUGGUGGAGUUGCAUCUCUCUCAGAAACACCUGUGAAUUCCCCCGGGUGGAGCUGGAGGAAGUUGCAGGGGAAAAGGAUGUCUGGACUGAUUGUUUCGGCCAACACGAAUGUCGUGCAGAAAUGCAGCUUGAAAAUGAGUUGAGGAGGGAUCGACCUCUGACAAAGGUCUGCAAAAUCUAUUACUUAGUUUAAAUGAACAUUCUUUUGCACCCAUUGAUUGUUGAUUAACAAAAGAGAUGAGUGUUAAAUACAAGCCUUGUCAUCCUAUAUUAUGCAAUUUUCUAUAAUGAGAUCAGCUGAAAGUAACACAUCCACAUAUUGUCUGACCGGUGUUGUGGAGCCAUCUCCUAGUUUAACAUCUAAACGCAUGAAAGAUGUGACGAUUAUCUCAGAAUAUGAUUUCUAUUGCAAGGAUUUUACGACACGAGCCAGACCAGGUCUAAAGAAAUGCUGCACGUUUUUAAUUUUGGACACUGACUUAAACGCAAAUCCUAAAUCUGUUUCAGGCAAUAUGGUUUACGUAAACACAAACAGCAGGAAGCUGGUUUACUUGUGGCCUAAAUCGCCAUAUUUAUUUAAUGAAAAAAUGUUUAUUUUGUCUUUCUGAAUGUUUCAAUAAAUGCUCAAUGUGAAAUAUUA